UCUCCGCGAGCCUCGCCAGCAGUUGCUCUCGAGUUCCAGCUGGCGCGCACACGGUUUACGGCGCCGCUCCCGCACUGCGUGAGCACGCCUGCUCUCUGCUCGCCUCUCGCGGCACCUCGGGCAUGUCGAACCCCCGGAGAGACUUCGAUGUGAAGCAGAUCCUGCGCAUCCGCUGGCGGUGGUUCGGCCACGCGACCUCCCCGCCCCCUGGGCCCGAGCCUCUGCACGAGCCCCUGCACGAGCUCUUCAGCGGCCGCACGAGUGGCGGCGGCGGAGGCGCCGGGAGCUCCUCGCGCUGCGAGCCGCCGCGCUCCCCGGCCAUCUCCGGCUCGAACGACGCCGCCACGAGCGGCGACGGGAAGUUGGCAGAGUCAAGCGGGCACGCGACGACCUCGGUGACAACGGUGACGGCGCGGUCCUCCGCGUGCCCGCGCUCCGCGAGCCAGCACGAGUGCGGUAGCGCCCCGCGUCCGUCCCCGGCGCACUCGCGCUCUGCGCUGGACAUUGGGAGCGUGAGCGGCAGCGCGAGCACAGAGCACGGAUCGACGGACGGUAACCAAGGCGACGAGGAGAACAACAACAACAACAACGCUGCUGCCGCCGCCGCAGCCGUGGAGUCCGACUCGAGCUCGUGCAGGACGUCUAACAGCAGUGCAACGCUGUCCUCAUGUGUGUCGAUGGAGCCCUGUGUCCCAGAUGAACUCUUCCAGUCACACAGCCACGCAGAACACACUUUCAGGCGAAUGGAGACCUACCUCAGGACCCGCAAGCUGUGUGACGUGGUCCUGCUGGCUGGAGAUCGCCGAAUACCUGCACACAGGUUAGUGUUGUCCUCAGUGUCUGACUACUUUGCAGCCAUGUUCACAAGUGACGUGCGGGAGGCCAAGCAAGAGGAAGUAAAGAUGGAGGCCGUUGACCCAGAUGCAUUGUGGGUCUUGGUCCAGUAUGCAUACACAGGUCGGUUAGAGUUGAGAGAGGACACUAUAGAGAGUUUGCUCUCAGCAGCAUGUUUGCUGCAGUUGUCUGCAGUGGUUCAGGCGUGUUGUACUUACCUCAUGAAGCAGCUGCACCCCUCAAACUGUCUAGGAAUUCGAUCCUUCGCCGACGCCCAGGGAUGCCAGGACCUUCACAAAGUGGCACACAACUACACCAUGGAGCACUUUAUGGGUGUUAUGAAGAAUCAGGAGUUUCUGCUGCUGCCAGCAAGCGAGGUGGAGAAGCUUUUGGCAUCAGAUGACAUGAACGUCCCAGACGAGGAAACGGUGGUAUCGGCUCUGCUUAGCUGGGUCCGCCAUGACCCCCCCACCCGCCAGUCGCAGUUGCCCGGCCUUUUGGCACACGUCCGUCUGCCUCUACUCAAACCACAGUUUUUGGCUGAUAUGGAGGGAAACCCACUCUUGAGGGACAGUGUGGAGUGUCAGCGGUUGGUCAUGGAAGCUAUGAAGUACCACCUGCUACCUGAGCGACGACCACUGCUGCAGAGCCCGAGGACACGUCCCCGAAAGGCCACUGUGGGGGCACUGUUUGCUGUGGGGGGCAUGGACGCCACAAAAGGUGCCACCAGUAUUGAGCAGUACUGCCUGCGGAGAGAUUCCUGGCGGCAGGUAGCGGUGAUGAGUGGACGGCGGCUACAGUUUGGUGUGGCUGUCCUCGAUGACCGGCUAUACGUGGUUGGUGGGCGGGAUGGCCUGAAGACCCUCAACACAGUGGAGUGUUACAACCCCCGGAGCAAAAGCUGGAGCAUCAUGCCUCCCAUGUCUACACACCGGCAUGGCCUAGGGGUAGCAGUAUUGGAGGGCCCCAUGUAUGCAGUGGGAGGUCAUGAUGGGUGGAGCUAUCUAAGCACAGUGGAGCGUUGGGAUCCUCAGGCACGACAGUGGAGUUUUGUCGCGUCUAUGGCGACUCCUCGAAGCACUGUGGGAGUUGCAGUUCUAAACAGCAAGCUAUAUGCAGUAGGAGGCAGGGAUGGUAGCUCAUGUCUGAAGUCAGUUGAGUGUUUUGAUCCUCACACCAACAAAUGGAGUGCCUGUGCGCCCAUGUCCAAGCGCAGGGGUGGUGUCGGCGUGGCAACCUGGAAUGGCUUUUUGUACGCCAUUGGUGGCCAUGAUGCCCCUGCGUCUAGUCUCACAUCCCGACUCUCUGACUGCGUAGAAAGGUACGACCCCAAGACAGACAUGUGGACAGCGGUAGCGCCGAUGAGCGUCAGUAGGGAUGCAGUUGGAGUGUGUUUGCUGGGGGACCGGCUCUAUGCAGUUGGAGGGUACGAUGGGCAGGUGUAUCUGAACACAGUGGAAGCUUAUGACCCACAGACCAACGAGUGGAUGCAGGUGGCACCACUGUGCUUGGGCCGUGCCGGCGCAUGUGUGGUCGCUGUUAAACUGUGAUGCUGCUGCUGCCUCUGCCUGUCGUCUCCAUGGUGAUCCUUGUACAGUAGCCUCAUCUCACUCUUUUUCACUGUGGAAUCAGGAAGAUGGAACAACAUGACCAAGAGAACAAACACAUGUACACUAAGUGGAAUAUUCUGUUGGCCUUAUGGGUUGAUUCUUAUAUUGGUUUUUUCCUGUUUUUAUUAAGUUUUUCCUUUUUUUGGGUCAAUGAAAAGGUCAGUCAUCCUUCUGUUUAGUCAGACUGCUAGUUAGUAUGUCUCUCUUUGAGAAGAGUCUUCACUUUCCUGCUCUUUUCUGCUCUUCCUCUCUUCCCUCAUCUCCUGAUUCUUAUUGCUGUGAGCAGUGUGCUUUUUUGUAAUGCUCCUUUAUUCUUGUGCCCUCAUUUUUCGUUCCUCUUUUUCCCAUUUGUAUUGCUUGUUGUGUGUGUGUGUGUGUGUGUGUGUGUGUGUGUGUGUGUGUGUGUGUGUGUGUGUGUGUGUGUGUGUGUGUUUGUUACUUCAGUGCAGCGGAAAUUGAGAAAUUGAUUUAAAGCCCAGCUAAUUCAAAGUUUGCUAGUGCCACACAGUAACACAGCCAAAUAUUCUUUCACUUUAAGUGAUGUCAUCUGCAGAACACCAGCAAGUACAGAGGCCUUGGACUGUAUAGCUGUGGAAUGGGGGGUGUAGAAAGGUUGGUGUCUACUUGCAUUCUCCUGACCUAAAUAAAUAAUGACAAAGCUCUCCUUAGAUCAUCACAGAUAUUCAGUGGAUGCUGUCAAUCUCCAUAGCAACAUUUACACGACUGCAUGCUGCCAUCAGUCAUGCAAAAAUGCAUGUAAAAUGUUCAUGAAAAUAUUUCUACUUAGACCUUAGAUGAGCUCUGCAUAGUCAUAUUUUUUUCCUCUGAUUAUAGUAACGGGGGUCAUUUUCAAACAAUUUAGCUACAAUGAAGUUGGCUAGUUGUUGUUAUCCCUACCGUAACGAUGUACGUCAGUGCUUGCUAGUAGGUCCCCCUCCAUCUGUAACUAGCAACCCCCCCCCCCCCGGCUAUGUUGUGCUGUGUACGUUUUUUUUGGUCGUUUGCUUGUUUUUUUGUCAUUUUUAAGUUGUUAAAUAUAUAGCGAUUGUAGUUCAUCUGAUUGUCAGUGUAUCUUAGCCUCACUGUCAGAUAGAGUGUGCAGAAAUCCCUGGACAUCGACAAGGUCAGAACAACAGGCGAGCUGCUGGGAGGGCUUAUGAGCUGAGAAUGAUAAUGCAGAGUGGUAAGAGAACAGCUCCAACCUCUUUUUUUUCAGCAGGUUUUCUGCUUUCCUUGAAAGCUUAUAAACAGUUUUUACUUCAUUAAAGGUCUGUCACUAUAGAUUAUAUUAGUAUAAUGGGAUUUUAAUUCUACAACUAAUUAAGUAUUCAGAGUUGUAGAAACAGGCUAAACAAUGAAAACUGACUUUACUGAACAAUAACAAACCAUGCACACCCUCUUAGAAUACUUUGUCGGCAUUUUUCAUUAUAAGCUCUGUUUUUUAUGUCUGUAACAUUAAGUUAAUUAUCACAUACUGUAUAAACAAACAGUGCAUGUCCCUGAGCUACAAAUCUGUUGACUCAAAGUACACUUAUAAUAGAAGCCAGUGGACAAAUGCUUCCACUUUAAGCACCUUUAACUUCUGUUAUAAGGAAGUUUUCUGAUCUGUGCAUUAUUAUUGUGAAAGUUGCCAACCAUUCAUUCUCGAUUCAUAACAAAGAUACAUUAUAAAUCGAGUUGGCAUGACAGCCGCACUGCAUUAACAGCAUUAAUCAGCCCAAAUCAGCAUUGUGGUCUGCUGCCUGGUGUGUUUUCCCUGCAAAGUUUCAGGUCAUAUCCACUCAGUGCACCUGAAACUUAACCAGUGCAAAAGCCAUCAAGAUAUUGCUAUGGUAAUGAUAAAGGAAUAAGGUGUAAAAUACAAAAAAAUAAGAGAAAUGGCAAUCAGUGAGCCAAAAAAUAAGAAGGGACAGUGAGCAAAAAAAAACCUCAUUAGAAAUAAAUCAAAGACAGAAAACGAGGAGAACAAAAUGGGGCACUCUGGGAAGUGUAGUUAAAUAUGACCUCUUGAUUUGUAGGACAGAGCAUGGAAAAAAGCAUGAAAAGACAGAAUGGGAGAGAAUUUCUUUGUUGUAUAGGUUUUGUUCUGCAUAGCAGCACUGCUAUCAAUAUCAGCCUUAACGUACAACAACAAGUAUUGUGUAUGUAAAGACAUAGUGGUGUAAUGGCAGCAAAUGAAGUCACACCACGUCUGCAUGUGUUGUAAUCUGAGCUUAGCUGUUCUGGCUGUUAGUCCCGCCCUGUGAAAACCUUGGCCAUCCUAACACAGUGACCACCCACACAGCAUUGUUGUAAGAUUGAACUGGAAAUUUCGAACAAGAAACUGCUGUACCUUUUAAGAUACAGUGAGAAAAUUCAAACAAGAAGCUCAGGUGCCUGAAUGUAGUCUAGCUGUUGCAUCUUGUAAGGUAGAACGGGAAAUUUCGAACAAGAAACUGGCUUAAGCUUCAUUGAGAGUUGGAAUUCAUGAAAAGGGAUGAGGAGGUUGCUCCUGUUUGACUGGGGGGGUAACAUUAACUUAUUUUUGCUGUUUCACAGAAUCAGUAGUUCAGUAUUGUUUUGUCCUGUUUACUAAUGUUUGUGAUAGUAACUGGUUAGUUUCACAGCAGGAAUUGUAGCGACUGUUUGCUAACCCACAACCGAGCUAACGUUCGUUACAUUACUUUCUGUGUUGUUGUUUGCUCUACUGUUAAAUCAUGGUAUCUGAUGGCAGGUGGAGCUUCUGAUGGAGCACUGAAGGGAGGAUAUUUGUUUUGAUGUUUGAAUAUCAACAGUCAUUCACCAGAAUUGCGUACAGCUCCUUUAAAGCCUGAGUUUGGCCCAGACGUAACCCUACUUAAAAAUGUCAAUAGGUGUGAUGAGAAUGCAAGAACAUCCAGUAAGAAAAGCAUACAGAUGAUGAAAAAGGUGUUUUUCCUGCAUGCCAUAAAUAAUUAUACUGGUGUUUUGUUUCCUGUUUAUUCAUCUGGUGAGAUAAAGGAAGGUGGUGGUUGCGAGAUGUGUGAUCUGUUUUCAAGAGGCUCAUUUGAAAGAAACUCCAGUCGAUCAAGUCAUUGAUUGACUAUUUUUAAUGUUAGCCCUGUUCAUGUUGCUGGAAUUUAGAAUCAAAGUGCGUACUGUACUAGAAUAUAUAUUAGUCUAAGCAUGUUACUUUCUGUCAUCUUUUUGUUUAUUUUCUGAACUUUUUUUAGACUGAUAUUGUUUUUGGUUCUAUAUCCACCCAUUUUCAUAAUUACUGUCUGUACAUGCAUGUGCAUACAGUAUUCCGGUUUCUGUUGGUGCAUCUGUGUGUGUGUGUGUGUGUGUGUGUGUGUGUGUGUGUGUGUGUGUUAAUGACACACUCUUGUAUCUUGCAUGAGCACUGCUUCAGGACUCAAAGAAGGCAGAUUCAGAGGCUUGACUGACAGAUUCAUAUCCCAAGACAUAUUUGAGUUUUACAGCUGGAAAAAAGAACAGAACCAUCAGCUUCAGGCAAACAGAAAUGAAAGAAAGCUGCACAGAAGCAGAAUACAUCAGAGAGAGUGGUGUAUAGUGUGUUUUGCACUAGCUGCUGGGUCUUCUUUAAAGGUCAUAGGUAUGGGCCAAAGAGAGCUGGACUGCAUUCAGUCUGCAGGUAAAAGCAUAUGUUCUCAUUGCCAGGCUGACAUGGCACAGAUGAGAGUUUUGCCUUGAUGUGAAACAUAAAUGAUUUUUUCAGAUUUCUGUGGACACACAAAUCUGAUCGUUUCAAAACUGACCUGAACCACUUUCAUAUGUGGUCCUUGAUCAGAUGCAAAAACAAAGCAUCUGGCUCUCUUUCACCUUCAUCAUACUCUAAUAAUGAACAGCUGAGUAGUGUUUAGAGCAAAUGAUCUUUGUGACAAAGGCUUGUUCUGCUGGUCAGUUUGUUGUUCAUGACACAUGUAGUUCAUUCAUGUGAUUCACGGAUGUGUGUCAGGACACACGUUAAUCACAGAUUUGAAUCGGUCAUCUACACAAAUGUGAACCAUCAGUUUAGAAAGAUCUGAUCUAAAAAUUGAAAUACACACAUAACCAAAGAGGCCCAAAUCCAAUUUACUGCCUAAAUCUGCCUAUACUGAUCUAAAAGUAAACAAAGAAAGUAAAAAAAUUACAAUUUUGUGCAAUGAGACAUUUUAAAUGAUGGAAGCUGAGAAAUGGAAAGCUCACAAAGAAUCCCAGACUCGGUACCAAAAAGUGGUAAUGCUAGGUGAACCUGAUCUAUAUGAAGCUCCUUUGACUAAUUUGUUUCUAAAUCUUUGAAGUGAACCUGAUUUUGAAAAGCUGUUAGUUUGAUUUUUCCUUGAAAGCGGAUUGCUUGCUUAUUCACACUGCCUGCACUUGUAUUGUACAUUCUCAAAACCUAAAGAUGUAAAGCGUAAUUGUAAUAACAGGUGUUUCAAUGACUUUAAAGUAAGGCAUGUGUUCCCGUGCAUGUAAAAUUGUGAUGACUGUUGCGUUGGAUUGACGUAAGAGUUAUGAAGUCCACGUUGCCACGUAUGUGAUUGCAGUACCAUGCAUAAAAGAGGCCCAGAUCAGAAUUUAAACGGUCAGAUUCUGUGUGAUUUUACACAAAAAACUCAUUUGGGCCCUUUCGCCUGCAGUGUGAACGUAGCCUUGUAGUCCCUGUUCAUACCUGGUAUUAACAUCUGUUUUGAGUGAACUGAUCAUAAGUGAGGGCAUUUCCUCCAGUCGCCACACAUGGUCAGAUUUUGUGACUUUAGGAAGGGAGCCGCACCCGUUUCCCACAUAACACAAGUCUUUGUUCGUGUAUCCGUAUGGGCUGUUACCGAUGUUUAGGUCACAUGGAUUGCUAAUGCAACAUAGAGAAGAGAUGACGAAAGUAACCUAAUCUCUGUGUUGAUGAGGCCAUUGAAUAGGUGGUCCUUCAUUGUUGAUGGGACACAUCAACGCUAAAGCGUUUACACUACAAAUAUUAGGUGGUCAUAUGUGUCCCUGAAAACCUCCAAAGGGUGGUUUGAGUGAACAGGUCACAGUGUGUCUCUAAGUAUUGCGUAUUGCAUAUUGGAUUUUCUUCACACCUGAACAUACAGCUGUCUCCUUUAUAUCACAUCUCCAUGUGAAUGCCGAGUUUGAAAGGAGCUAAAGUGUCAUUCUUACAAAGCACUCAGAAGUUCUCACACAUUACACAGAACGUUAGAUGUGCGCACACACUCCUACACAUUGUGUCUGUACAGUUUUUAUAGGUUGCGGUUAUUUUGCACUAUACGAUAACCUCUAAAAUCAGCCAUACUUCAUGGAAGAAACUAAUGUAGUUUCAGAUGCAUUGUACAGCCUAUACACAAAUCAACAAACACCAGUUUGUUUAUGUAUGUGUGUGUAUAUAUACACACACAAGCAGACAAUACAAAACCAAUUAAAAGAGACUUUUUAUGUCAGGCCUGUGAAGUAUAUAUAAAGAUGUGUACAGCUUGUAGAAAAGCUUUUUUUCUUUGAACAGAUCAUGGCUGUGUUGUGUAGUGUUGAAAACAGUGUACACUGUUCUUGUGUAACACAUCUACACUUACUCUGUGGUUAAAUGUGAUUUUAUAACAAUAUCAAAGUAGAAACAUAACGUUAUGAGUCUUAACGCAGCAGAUGUAAAAGAUGAUUCCGUUGGCGAAAUGAACUUUUAAAAAACACCUUUUUUUUUCAUUUAAAGCUACAGUUUACCGUGUUUUUGAGAGCCAGGGCUGUUUGUCCAUGGCACGUUGCCUAGUCCAGUACGUUUUUGAAGCAUCACUUUGAACCGCCUCUGGACGUUCCAUCUCCAGCAUGCUGGACACUACUUAAUGCCCCACUCAGUUUUCUGUUUUUUGUUUUUGUGUUUUUUAUGAUGUAUGCAGAAUAAACGGGGUGACACAGAUUAGCUCAUGUCUUUUGAAUCUAAAAUCAUCCUUAUGGGUUUUAAGCUUAAUUUCAUCUCCGUCAUAUUCAUCCAAGAUAAGAGUUUGUACAGUUAACUGUGUAUAUAAAUCCAGUAUUAUUCAAUUUUUACAGAUACAUUCCACUCAUCAGCCCAUAUUUAUUAAAGUGAGAACAAUGAUCUAAGAUCCGGUUUCAUCAGUUCAUGUAAUUCUGUUGAGUGUUCUAUACGAGCUGUGUGCUCCAGAUUCUUACUCUUUAUUACGUUUAAUAAAUAUGGGCCACUGUGUGGAGAGUUGUGUGGUGUUGGGGGGUAGUUCAUGAAGGUGCCUGUCUUCUUUUGUAUUAUUAAUAUUAUUAUUAUUAUUAUUAUUAUUAUGCUACUAAAUGUUCAAUUUCUUUACAUUCCAUAAAUCUGUGCUGAUGAGCUGUAAAUACAAUUUUGUAUUAAAAUAUAAAACAUG